CACGAUAACGCGGUUCUAACUUCAUCGUGGUUCCGUGUCCUAGUACUCCUAGUCUGUUAACCAUUUUCGUCCCUUAUGGUUUUGGAGUUUACUUAAAUUCGUCAAAAUGAAGAUCGGAUUGUGCGCCUACAGCGGGUACAAAAUCUACCCAGGACAUGGCAAGACUUUGAUCAAAGCCGACGGAAAGACUUACACGUUCCUCAACUCAAAAUGCGAACGCGCUCACUUGAUGAAGAGGAACCCCCGUAAAGUAACAUGGACGAUAUUGUACAGACGCAAACACCGAAAAGGUCAAGAAGAAGAAACAACCAAAAAGAAGACCAGGAGAACUCAAAAAUUCCAGCGUGCUAUCGUUGGUGCUUCUCUCACUGACAUUUUAGCCAAGAGGAACAUGAAACCUGAGAUGAGGAAGGCUCAAAGAGAUAUUGCCAUUAAGGCGGCAAAGGACCAAAAGAAGGCUGCUAAAGCAGCUAAGAAGCCACCUCCACCACCUCCAACUAAAACAAAAAAACAGCCCAAGAAAGUGCAAACCAAAUCUGUACAACAAAAGGCCGCUCCUCGUGUUGGUGGAAAACGAUAGUUAUUGUAUUUCUACCUAUAAUAAAAAAUCAAUUUAAAAAAAAAAGGAAUAA